AUGAAAGUGUACGCACCUAUGUGGUUCAAUAUAAAAACGCAAUCUUCAAUUAAAUAUGGUUCGGUACAUUUAUGGAAAACCAUUAGUGAGUCAAGGGGCCUUCCUAAAGGAGUCAAAACAAUUAUUGAUAAAGUAAUUUCAACUAACGCGUAUUUCGCCCAUCCCGAGAAUAUUCUGAUAGCUAUGAUUGCUAACGAGAGAAGUCAUAUUAGGGAACUUGGUAUACGACGCAUAUUAAAGACUAAAAAACAACCAGCAGCAAAAAAAUUACGAAUAUUUAAAAUACCACCUUUAAAUUGGAAUGCCAAAGACUAUACCGAAAUGAUAGAUUGGAGUGAAUGUUGUAUUACAGAGCCCCCACUAACAAUUGAUAUCAAAAGCGAAGAUUUGUUAGCAGCAAUUGAAAAUAAAUCUUUUAUUAAUUUUAGCAAAUUACCAAGUCACACUCAAGCUGUGGAGCGAUGCGUAAAGAUUAUAACCGAAGCAUCCAGUAAAGUUUGUGGUCACUCUUCAAGAGACGGUUUUAUAAGGGUUAAAAUAGAGGCAAGAAAAAAUUUACCCAUGUUCGAUAAUAAAAAACAAUACUACAAUGUUGAAAAGUAA